UUUAAAUAGUCGAAGAAUUAUUUCGAAAGUAUCUACCAAUUAAUUAAUUAUACAAUUAAUUUAGAAAAUCAAAGAUAUAUAUGUACUAGGUAGAAAAUCUUAAUAAUUAGUAUCGUAGACUAGUUGCAAAAAGAAAAAUAAAAUAAGGUGAGAUAAUUAUAGAGAAGGAACCUUUAUUUUAUAGUGUGCUAUCCAAUUAAAGAAAAAAUUUUUGUAAUUAUUGUUUAAAAGCAUCUAGUAGUUUAAGUAGGUGCACAGCAUGUAAUGUUCUUCAUUAUUGUGAUAAAAAUUGUUAAGUUUAGGAUUGGAAGCAGCAUAAAUUAGAAUGUAAAGCUUAUAAAGCUAUUAAAGCAAAAAACUUCAAUAUAACAAUCGACUUUCAUAUCUUAAUGAGAAUUUAUAAAACUUAAAAUUCUUUAACUAAUUUCUUAUCCAAUGGAGACGAUUUUCCUAUUGAAAAACAAUAAUUUUUCACUGAGUAGGCUCUCAUGCUUCUUAAAAGCUUAGAAGAAGAAGUAAUUCCUGAAAAAAUGGAGUUUCUAAUCAGCGCAUAAGCUAAAUUUGCUACAAAUGCACUCACAAUUUAAGAUUCUUUAUUUGAAACUGAUGGCAUAGGAGCAGGUUUAUAUGAAGAGGUAAAUUAUAUGAAUCAUAGCUGUACUCCAAAUGUUAUUUGCGUAUUUAAUAAACUCCCUUAAGUGAGAGUGAUAGCCAUUAGAGAUAUAGAAUAAGGUGAAGAAAUUAUGAAUAGCUACAUUGACACAAAGAAAGAUUUAGAUUUUAGAAGAAGAUUUCUUAAGCAAAAUUACUUCUUUUUGUGUGAAUGUAAAAGGUGUAUAAAAGAAUAAAAUGAAGGAGUAUCAUUUGUAAGGUGUUAGAAAUGUAUGAAAGGAAGAAUCAAUAGUAAAACUUUAAAUUGCUCUGACUGUAACACUUAAGGUUAAAUGACUGAAUAAGAAUACUAAAGAAUUAUUACCUAAAUGGAAGAAAUUUAAAAAUAAACUUCUUAAUCAACCUAUGAAAAAACAAUUGAACUAACCGAAACAGCUGAAAAGCUUUGCCAUCUAGAAGCACCCUAUUUUAAUGAUAUUUAUAACAGCAGGAUAUUAGCUACUUUAGGUGUUUAACAGUAUAAAAAAGCAAAUAAGUAUCUUAAAAAUUUUAUUGAGCUUUCAAAGCACUGGUAUGAAGAAAUUAUAGGAAACACUUUAGAAAUGCCCUUUUUUGGUUGGAAGCUAAAUGAGCUGUCUAAGCUUAAUUUCCAUCUUGAUAAAUGUUUAGAAGCUGAAAAAUAUAGUGAAAGGGCACUAAAAAUUCUCACAUAAUAUUACACUAAAGAGAGUUGUCCAGAAUUAAAUGAGUUAUUUUUGAGAUUGAAUGAUAUAAAAAGUGAGAUAAAAAUGAAAUAUAAUUGAUAUUCUUUAAAAUAAAAUAAAAAAAAGUAAGUAAAUAAAUAAAUAUGCUAAUUAAAUACCUAUUUCACUUUCAUUGUAGUUUUUAAAAAUUAAAAAAAAUAUCUGAGCACUUUUACAUGCAUAAAAG